AUGUCCCGCCGUGUCUCCCCCAACCCCCCAUCCCGCUCCGCCCUUCCCGCCCUCUCCCCUUUUUCGGCCAAAACCAAAACCCCUCACUGGACCCAAGCCCUGACCCUUGACCUCAUCAUCCGCGUCCUACACAAGACAAUCCUCCAUCCCUUCCUCGCCUGGCUAAUCCCCCUCUGUCUCCGCGCCCAAGCAACACCGUACUCCCACACCUCCUUCGUCGUGACAACGGCCUACGCAUCGAUCUUGUCCUUCUUACUGCUGCUGAAUAUAUUGAAUAAGCGGAUUGCGUACGGGUUGCCGAGGAAGGUGUCGUUAGAGGAUGAGGUGGUGCUUGUGGCGGGGGGAGCGAGUGGGUUGGGACUGUUGAUUGCGGAGAUAUAUGGGAUGAGGGGGGUUGCAGUUGCGGUGUUGGAUGUGCGGGACGUUGGGGGUGUUGGGAUGGGUGGGGUGGAGGAGUGGGAAGAGGUGCAUAGUGUUCGGUACUAUAGGUGUGAUGUCGGGGAUUGGGGGGAAGUGGAGCGGGUGAAAGGGAUGGUUGAGAAGGAGCUCGGAACCCCAACAAUCCUCAUAAACUGCAUCGCCGCCCCCAUCAACGGCAUGUCAAUCACAUCUCUCCCCCCCACUGCCAUCUCCUACACAAUCCACUCCAACCUCGUCUCUUGCUUCAACAUCCUCCAACAAUUCCUACCUGGAAUGCUCUCCUCCCCCACCGGCGGCACAAUAGUCACUCUCAGCUCAGUCGUCAGCUACCUGACCCCAGCAGGCCUCUCAGACUACGUGGCAACAAAAGCCGCCAUCAGCGCCGUUCACAAGACUGUCGAAGCAGAACUCCGCGUAUCAGGCGACAACGACCGGGUAAAGAUGCUCCUGAUCGAGACUGGCCAGAUGGCCACUGCGCUCUUUGAGGCGGUGAAGACACCGAACAAUUUCUUUGCGCCCGUGCUGGAACCUGUGCAGGUUGCAAGGGAGAUCGUGGCAGUUGUUGAUAGUGGGAAUGGUGGGGUUAUUCGGCUGCCGGCCUAUGGGGCGCUAGUGAACUGGUAUGCGGUGCUGCCUGUGGCGAUUCAGCGGCUGGCGAGAUAUCUUAGUGGGAUUGAUAGUGCGGUGGGGGUGGGGGUAGAGAAGGGAAAGGGAAAUGGGAGCGAAAGGGUCGUGGCGUCGUCAGACUCAGUCUCAUCGGAGAGAGAGAGGGAGAAAGGGAAGGCGAGUUCAUCUUCGAAGGGCUCUGACAGUGAUGUGGAGUUGAUUGAAGCUGAUGCGUAA